AUGCUGUCGAAUCUACCGCCUCUUCCUGUUUCCGCAGGAAUAACGUCGCGAUUGGUCCAAACAGCUCCACACAGCCUCGCUUUCCAUAUCCUCGAAGCAGGCUCUGUUCUUCCAGCUCGGCCAUUAAUCAUCCUUGUUCAUGGCUUUCCGGAGCUUGCAUAUAGCUGGCGUCAUAUGAUUCUGCCUUUGGCAUCGGCAGGAUAUCAUGUUGUUGCAUUUGAUCAACGUGGGUACGGGCGAACUCAUUCUCCAGAUGGUCCUACUCCGCUAUCCGACUUCCGCCCGUUGACUCUGGUCCAGGAUGUAGUCGUGCUCGCGCAUGCUCUUGGUCAUACCAAAGCCAAGUGCAUUGUUGGGCAUGAUUUUGGUGCUGUUACCGCGGCGUUGUGUGCUCUUAUUCGUCCUGACUACUUUGAGAGCGUGGUUCUAAUGUCGCAUCCAUUCAAAGGACCACCAGAACUGCCGUUGAGGCCCGCCGAUGGACUUCUGCAGAGAUCCAUCGCGGUCGAUAUGGAGGCUGAAUUAGCAAAACUGGAGAGGCCACGGAAGCAUUACAAGUGGUAUUACUGCACUCCAGCCGCCAACCGCGAAAUUUUAGAGCCGAAGGAGGAUCUGCAAGAAUUCCUAAGGGGCUACUUCCAUCUGAAAAGCGCUGACUGGGAUGGGAAUGACCCACGUCCUCUCACAGCAUGGAAAGCAACAGAACUCGCUCAGAUGCCGCGAUACUACAUAAUGGACAAGGGGGACACAAUGCGAGAAGCAGUAGCGAAGGAUAUGGCAGAGGAGGAUCCCCAAGUCGUCCGAGAAAGAAGCAGCAGAUGGUUGAAGGACGAAGAGCUGGCUGUCUAUGUCGAGGAGUAUGCCCGAAAUGGCUUUCAAGGCGGGCUCAAUUGGUAUCGUAUUCAGACGCGGCCUGAGAUCCUUCGUGAGCUUGAGAUUCUUGCAGGCAAGAAGAUCGAGGUACCGUGCCUGUUUGUAAGUGGAAAGCAAGAUUGGGGGCCAUUCCAGGAGCCAGGCGCUGUAGAGAAGAUGCACAAGGCUUGUACAGAUUUCCGAGGUGCAAAGUACAUUGAAGGAGCAGGCCACUGGCUUCCACAGGAGAGGCCACAGGAAGCAGCUGAGGAGAUAUUGAGUCUGCUCGAUACAAUCUAA